CUCUGCUGUGCACCUUGACUCGCUCAACCAUUCGGGUCUCUGCUUGACCUCUUCAGCCAGAAUGGAUCCUGUGUACGAGAACGAGAACCAGUCAUCAGGUGAAUAUGACCUGACGUACGAGACGCCAUACGCUGAGCCCUCAGACCUGACAGCAGAGUACGAGAACACUGGGACUCGACGAGUACCGACUCCCCCUUCUCUCCCACCACCUCACCAUCCCACGGCGGAGAGGAGAGGCAGUUCCUCCUCUUCCUCAUCCUCCUCAUCUUCCUCAUCUUCCUCACAUGCCGGAGAUGAAGAGAAAGAGGAGAUUGAGGACUUGAACAGGGAGGAGGAGAAAGAGGAAGAGGUGAUGACAAUGGUGGAGGAGAGCAACAAAGAGCUGGAUUGGGAGAGGGGGUCUCCACAGGUGGAGGCGGACAGGGGGAACUCAUCACGCAGGUCCUCAUCUUCGUCAUCAUCGUCUUCAUCAGCCUCUGAGAAGCAGGAACCUGAGGAGAAGCCAGAGCCUGAUAAGGACGGACCUACAGUACAACUUUUUGUUAAGGCUGGGAGUGACGGGGAGAGCAUCGGAAACUGUCCCUUCUCUCAGCGCCUCUUUAUGAUCCUCUGGCUGAAAGGUGUAGUCUUCAAUGUCACCACUGUUGACCUCAAGAGGAAACCAGCUGACCUGCACAAUCUGGCCCCAGGGACACACCCGCCCUUCCUCACCUUCCAGGGGGAGGUUCUCACUGACGUCAACAAAGUAGAGGAGUAUCUGGAGGAGAUGCUGGCUCCACCAAAGUAUCCCAAACUUGUAGCAAAGAAUCGGGAAUCAAACACAGCAGGAAAUGACAUAUUUGCCAAGUUCUCCACUUAUGUUAAAAACACAAGACCGGAUAAAAACCGAGCUUUAGAGCAGAGUCUAAACAAGUCCCUGGCCAAGCUGGAUGAGUAUCUGAUGAGCGCACUACCUGACGAGGUUCAGGCGGGACACCACAGGGGCGAGGGAGAAUCCAAACGCAAAUACCUGGACGGAGACGAAUUGACGCUGGCUGACUGCAACCUUCUGCCCAAACUUCAUGUUGUCAAGGUGGUUGCGAAGAAAUACCGGAACUAUGAGAUCCCGUCUGAAUUCAAAGGGGUGUGGCGUUACCUCGGCAACGCCUACAACCGAGAUGAGUUCACCAACACGUGCGCAGCCGAUGUGGAAAUCGAGCUAGCCUAUAAGGACGUUGCUAAGAGGUUGGGAAAGUGAAUGCAUCACUAACACAGUCACUGUUGUACCUUUAUCUCCUUUUAGAAAAUCUACUAAAUCAUACUGCUGACACACAGCAUACACACUCUUUACAAAGCAUGUGUCGUUUGUAACACCAGUGUGCUGAAAUGUGGUUAAAUGUAGUACAGUGGUGUGGUGUCUCAAAGAAAAGACGAAUGAUUUGUCUUUCUUUUUUUCUUUUUUUUUUAAGUUGCUAAGUAGCAUCUCAAGUCUUAUGCCUCUGUAAAAAUACUGACCAUAAAACAAAGGCUGAAAUUGUUUGGCUAUGGUGAUUAUUCUGCUGAUAAUUCUCUAAACAAAUGACAUGAUUUCUAAUGAGGAAAAAAGUUAGCAAUUGACUGUAAACCCCUCCCCCCCAGUGAUUGUCAAAUCAUAGCUUAGCAAUCGUAACUAUGCUCGGCGGGCCUGUCAAGCAUUGGGUUGUUGAAGUGGCGUGCAUGGGGCUGGGAAGUGAGAUCUAAAUUCCGCAUGUAAAGAGUUUGGAGGUGUCAUUUCUUUAGCCUUUCCAAAAGCAGUAACAAAAGAGCCAAAGUGUAAGGAAUGGAUUAAACAAUGUUUAUCUGCAUUAAAGGGAUGGUUCGGAGUAAUUUCACCUAUAGGGUCCUUUGCACCAUGACCUCGAGCCAAACACCGCCCCCCCCCUCCCUUCCCCCCCACCCCUUUCCUUGGUCUAACAUUGGGCGAGUUAGCGCUAUCAGCCGAAUGGUUAAUGGAACCACAUAUUUUUGUUGUAUCUCUUUUCGGUGUUGUAGUUUGUAGACAUCCCUAAACACUCUCGUCUCACCGCCGGCUGCUCGUAGAGACCAAAGCCAUCAGGCAAGUGUUUAUUUAAAUAAACUCCUGGUGUACUUACAAACUUUCCAAUGCCUCGUUUUAUGAGUACAUAACCUAUUUGUACUACUGUAAAAGUUUGGUACCAUUCUGGGCAUUAUUAGUGAGGUAAUUUACGAGAUACACCUUUGGUUCCAUUAGUUCCUGCAAUAAGCCAUUCGGCUGAUAGCGCUAACUCGCCCAAUGUUAGACCAAGGGAAAAAAACUUCUGCGCGG